GGGCAUGCUCAGGACCCGCGGCCCAGAGAAGGGAUCCCUUUUAUCCAGAAGUAGCCUCUGCUCUUCUUUGCACACUCAGCCUUUUCUGGCUUGCCUAUAUAAAGCCAGCGAGAUCACGGGGGCUCCCUUUCCCGCCCCUCCCCAGCCUGCUGGACUUUCCUCCCCCGGGUGGGAGAAGUAGUAAUACCAUGAACUCCUCCGCAGCUGCCGCUCCCAUCUUCCUCCAGGGAGAGAACUGCACGCCGUCAUGGAAGGGGGCAGACGCUGGCUUCGAUCAGACGGACACCCACUUGGAGAUCUUGGGCAAACCGGUGAUGGAGAGGUGGGAGACCCCUUACAUGCAUUCUCUGGCGACGGUAGCAGCGUCCAAAGGCGGCCGUGUGCUGGAAGUGGGGUUUGGCAUGGCCAUCGCGGCCACGAAACUGGAAGAGUUCGACAUUGAGGAGCACUGGAUCAUAGAAUGCAAUGAGGGCGUCUUCCAGAGGCUGCAGGAGUGGGCCAAGAAACAGCCACACAAGGUCGUCCCCUUGAAGGGGCUGUGGGAAGACGUGGUGCCGACGCUGCCAGAUGGACACUUUGACGGCAUCCUCUAUGAUACCUAUCCCCUGUCAGCAGAAACCUGGCACACUCACCAGUUCAACUUUAUCAAGGGUCACGCUUUCCGCUUGCUGAAAGCCGGUGGCGUGCUCACCUACUGCAACCUGACAUCCUGGGGGGAGCUGCUCAAGACGGAGUACACGGAUAUUGAGAAGAUGUUUGAGGAGACUCAAGUUGCACACCUGAUGGAGGCAGGGUUCAAGAAGGAGAACGUAAGCACCAGCGUGAUGGACUUGAUCCCGCCUGAGGACUGCCGGUACUACUCCUUCCACAAAAUGAUCACGCCCACCAUCAUCAAAGAGUGAGCAGCCACCCAGCACCCUCUCCUGUCUCACUCACUCAGCUGCUACAACAAAGAGAGAGGGAAGAAAUCCUGCCAGCAGGAGUGAAAACUAAAUCAUCAAGGACUGGCUAUUUACAAUCCAGGGAGGGGAGGGAAUAUUCAUCGCUCUACAGUACUAAUGAGGGAAGAUUAACAUAUCGAUUGGACUUUCCAGUAAGAUUGAGAGGAGGGGAGGAUUUGGGAAAGUACAGUUGGAAGUUUAUGACAGUUUAGAACUAGCACGUCUGUAGUGGACCCUGCACCACAAAGGGUCCAAGUGACUAGGACUGGGAUUCAGGACUCCUGCCUUCUAGUCCCAGCUCUGCCAGUGAGCUGCUGGUGUUUAUGAGCAAGUCACUGCCCCGUCUGUGCCUCAGUUUCCCCAUCCACAAUACAUUAUCCCCUUUCUCCCCCCCACCCAAUGCUUUGAGAUCUAUGGCUCUAAGACCCUAGGUCAGAGCUAGGUGUUAUUUGGUCAACGAAACCUGCCCCAAGGCCUGGCUGUGGAUCUGGGGCAUUUCUCCUACGUUUUUAAAGAAUGUUUUUAUUGUGGGGGUUGACCUGCACUCAGAGCCCUCGCUGUAGGCUCCACAGCUGUUGAUUAAAGUGAAAAUCAGUAGGGGACUGUAGGUAGCUUGAAUGGGGGAUUUCCUAAUCUGAGUUUCCAGUGGAACGCUGUCUUUUUUUAAAGAUCAAGACUUGACUCUCCCCGACCGGCCGAGUAAAGUACCCUCUACCCCACAGAGUUUAAUUCUGAAAGCCUGGCAUUUGCAUUUGUGUAAUUAAAUGAGAUUCAGACAACUCCCAGAGCAAAUCCCGUGGGAAUCUCCACUUAUAUUUUUGGCCAAUGGCCUGUUUUUAAUUAAGAUUUUGGUAAUGAAUUCUUAUGACCUUCCUGGAAGUUUACCACUACAUGACUAAUUACCCACCUCUGUACAUAGAUGUGGUGGACAUGCUAUUAAUACGAACACUAAAGACAGUAAAUUGACUUAAAAACUACA